CACCACCGUCCGAUUCACCCCCAUCUUUUGCCGGCGCAGUAGGAGGCGUAUCCUCUCCUCUCACCCUGUACCUGUGCUCCGGAGUUGCUAGCUUUUCUCUCCCCGUCACCGGUCACUGUCACCGCCACCGUCACCAUGUCCCGAAAGCCCGCCGAUGUGGCGUCCAAAGAGCGCAACGAGUACAUCCCGUCCUUCAUCUCGAAGAAGCCGUUCUAUAUCGACGACGAUGAAUCCGCAAAUGAUUACCUAGAGCAUCAGCGUCUACAGAAGUCCACUGCCGACCAGUCGAAAUGGUACGACCGCGGAAAGCGCGCUGGCCCAGCCGCCACCAAGUACCGGAAGGGUGCCUGUGAGAACUGCGGCGCCAUGACCCACAAAACGAAAGAAUGCCUGAGUCGGCCUCGAAAGCAAGGUGCUAAGUGGACGGGUAAAAACAUCCAGGCCGAUGAGGUCAUACAGGAUGUGAACAUGGGGUGGGACGCCAAAAGAGAUCGGUGGAACGGCUACGACGCGAGCGAAUAUCGUCAGGUGGUGGAGGAGUACGAGGAGCUGGAGAAAUUGAAGCGAGGCGCAAAUGGACAGAAGGCCAUCACAGGUGGUGAGGACGAUGAUGAGGACGAGGACGCGCUGACAGAGGAGGCCCGGUAUGCGGAGGAGUCCGACAUGGGCCGACAACAAAGCACGGCUACUCGCAACCUACGUAUUCGAGAAGACACCGCGAAGUAUCUGCUGAACCUGGAUCUCGACUCGGCCAAGUACGACCCGAAGACACGACGAAUGGUGGAUAUGGGCGCUCAGGAGGACCAAGCUGCUGCGCUUGUUGCCGAGGAGAACUUCGUUCGCGCCUCCGGGGAUGCUGCGGAAUUCGAAAAGGCACAACGGUACGCGUGGGAAUCGCAGGAGCGUGGACUCCAGAAGGUGCACCUGCAGGCGAAUCCGACGGCCGGAGAGGUUAUGCGCAAGAAGGAAGAGGCGGAGACGGUGUUAAAGCGUGAAGCUCAGCGGAAGGCUCUCCUGGAUAAAUACGGCGGGCAAGAACAUCUCGAUCCUUCGCCCCUCCGAGAGACGAUGGUCAUUGAGAACGAAAAGUUCAUCGAAUAUGACGAAACGGGUGCGAUCAAGGGCGCGCCUAAGAAGGCGGCCAAAUCGAAGUAUGCCGAAGAUAUCGUCACCAACAACCAUGCCUCGGUCUGGGGAAGUUGGUGGCACAACUUCGAAUGGGGAUAUGCCUGCUGCUUUUCCACGGUCAAGAACAGUUACUGUACCGGCGAAGAUGGGAAGCGCGCAUUUGAGGAGGCAGAUCAAAUGCUAAUGCUCCCUGAAGCUGAUGAGGAUGCUGAAGCUGGUGCCGACAAGCCAUCUGCGGAGCUCGAAACCAACGAGACGCAGAAAGCCGAAAGUUCAGAACAGGCGAAGGACGGCAGUUCCAAGAAGAGAACUCUGACGGAGGUUCAAUCGGGGAUCACUGAGGAGGAGCUUGAAUCUUACAAACGAAGCCGGGUUGCGGCAGAUGAUCCCAUGGCGGCCUUCAUUGGCAAAGACGAUCUUGUAUAAAGGCAUUUCGAUAAUCUACCAGUUCUGCAGCAUGGGGCGCUUGAUUCUUAUGAUGUAUACCCUUUCAAAUUGUGCAUAUACUACUAUAUUAC